UUAUAUACAGAAACUUUCACCUUUGAGGAAAUCAUUUCAUCGGUACCGCUUCUCUCUCUUCUCCCUCUCGAUCCUCUUCCUCACUCCUCUUCUCUUUGCAGCGCAGAGAGCAAAACUACCUUUAGUGGAUCAACUUCCAAACCACCAUCGUGGUCUACUCCUCAAACUCAACUCAAGCUGAAGUUUUAUCAGAAGGUUUCCCCGUUUCAAUUCAAGUUAUUGAGCAUGGCAGCAGAGAUCAACCCAGUUGAUUAUAAACCUUGGUUCGAUGCUGUGAAGCGGAAUGAUUGGUGUGCAGCGAAGGAGUUUCUCACCCUACACCCCAGUGCAAUAACAGCAACGGAUUCAUGGGGAGAUACAGCUCUUCACAAUGCAACAUACGAAGGGCGCGAGCAAAUUGUGGAAGAGCUGGUGCAGUUGAUGACGGAAGAGCAAUUGGAGACCAAAAAUACUUUUGGUGAGACGGCUCUUACCAUUGCUGCUGCAAAAAACAUCAAGAUCGUUGAAUGCUUGGUUGCGAAGAACAAGAAACUACUCGGUAUUGCCCGAGAUUCCAGCCAAAUGACUCCGAUUCUCAUUGCUGCUAAGAAUGACCAAUGGGAUAUAGUUCGGUACCUCUACUCUGUAACUCCACUCGAAGAUCUAAAGCCAGAUAAAGGCCCUUGCGGCUCUGAACUUGUUAUCUGUUGUCUUCGGGCCAAACAAUUUGGUAACGAAACUACUCUUAACCGAAUCAAAUUUUCUGCACUACACACACACACAUAUACAUAUAUACGUGCCUUUUAUCAAGCGAGAUCCCCAUUUUAAUUGGAAAAUGGAGAUGAUGCACCGAGCCGUCUGAUUUCAUUUAGCGAGAUCGUGCGGCUGGGCAUUAAAGAUGCAUUUAUUACA